AUGAGACCUUCCACAGUGAUGGAAAGUCACACUGAACCUCAACGAGUAAACAAUCCUGCUCCAAUAAUGGCGUUCAAAUUUGUUCUGUUCGCUACUCUGGUAGCUGCCGCCAGCGCUGGUCUGCUUCCUGUGGCUCACCAUGGAUCGAUCGCCACGUCGCACUCCACCAUCCAGCACCAUGCUGCUCCCGCUAUCCAUCAUGUCGGAUCGGUCCACGCCGCCCCGGCUAUCUACCAGCACUCGGCCCCGGCUAUCGUCAAGACCAUUGCUCAGCCCACGAUCAUCAAGUCUGUAGAGCACCACGCUCCGGCCAACUACGAGUUCUCGUACUCCGUCCAUGACGAGCACACCGGAGACAUCAAGAGCCAGCACGAAACUCGCCACGGAGACGAAGUCCAUGGACAGUACUCGCUGUUGGACUCCGACGGUCACCAGCGCAUCGUCGACUACCAUGCUGAUCAUCACACCGGAUUCAACGCCGUCGUGCGCCGUGAGCCCUCGGCUGUGAAGAUCGCUCAGCCCGUGCACAAGGUGAUCGCCCAGCCCGUGCAUGUGUCCAGCUAUGCCCAUGCUCCAGUAGCUCACGCCACUGUCCAGCACCACCAUGCUGCCCCGAUCGCGCACUACUCCGCACCGAUCGCGCACCACGCUGCUCCGAUCGCGCACUAUGCUGCCUCGAUCGCGCACCACGCUGCUCCGAUCGCGCACUCAACCUCCAGCAUCGUCCAUGGACCGAGCCAUCUGAGCCAUCAUCAUUACUAAGAAUAAUUCUAGUGGUGUAGUAAGGACUUCAGUUACAAAACAGAUAGUUUAUAAAAGCAUAAAUAAAAAGCGAUUAAAAAUUA